CUCUGAUCAAGAUCUCGAAACAUGCAUUCACGUCCCUGAUAAUCGCAUCGUUCCCCUCCAAACGACCUACAACACAUCCAAACCCCAAUAGCUAUCAGAAAACCACCGCCAUGAAGUUUGCAACAUCACUCUCUGUUCUGGCCCUCGCUGCUGUGGCUCUUGGUGCCACUGUACCACACAAAGCCGUGAUCGUCUCAUACCCCGACGAGACUCCGGACGAAAUCAUACAGGAGGCCAUGGCUGCCAUCAAAAGUGCCGGAGGACUGAUAACCCAUGAAUAUAAGCUCAUCAAGUACGUUACCGCCCAAGCUUGAUCUUGACGUGUUCUUCCUUCUAAUCUUGCUUCAGGGGGUUUGCCGCCAAAGCACCAGCGAAGAUUCUCGAGCAGGUUCAGGCCCUAGGGAAUGACUAUCACGUGGUAGUUGAGGAGGAUCAAAUGGUCUCGAUUGUCGGUGGCGUGCAGUAAUAGCAGCGACGAUGGCAAAUGUAUUUGUGUUGGUUCCGUGGGAGAAGAGAAGUUCAAGCCUGAUGCGCUUUGAUACACAUAUUGGAUACGGUUGUGGCGUUUGAUUUGGGCAUAUGGGAAUGGCAAGGAGUAUAUACGUUUAAGGGAGGCGCAUAGGAGACUCUGGAUACUCUUAGGUUGAUUUAUGCGAUUCCAGCACAGAAAGGUGUUGGUAUUA